UGCAGUCGCAGGGAAAGGUGCUGGGUGUAGUGAGAGGUUGGUGGGGAAUGUCGAGCUGAUGAAGGAGUUGUGAAGUGAAUGGUCCCCGCGGAAAGCGGUGAGGAAGGAAAUCCUGCUCCCCGGUUGAAGCGUUCUGCUCUAGGACACACCAGAUAUCCUCCUAGUUUAGAGACUGUAGUUUCUCCACUGUAAUUAAGGAUGCCCUCAACUGCCUCUGCCCCGUUUCCUGCACUUAUGCCCUCAAUUCCGCUCUCCCAACAACAAUAAGUCUCCCGAGUCUUCAUGUACUACCCAACCAACCUCCAAAUACAACGCAUUGUCCUCCGACAUUUCCGCCACCUACAAUCAGACCCCAACAUCAGAAAGAUAUUUCCUUUCCUACCCCUGUCCGCUUUCAGCAGGGACUGUUUGCUUUGCAACUCACUCAUUGCCUCCACACUCUCCACUGCACCCGGUACCUUACCCUGCAACCGCAAGAGGUGCUACACCUCCCCUCUCACCUCUGUCCAAGGCCUCAAACAAUCCUUCCAGAUCUGACAGAGAUUCACCUGCACUUCAUUCAACUUGAUUUAUUGCAUCCGUAGUUCCUGAUGUGGUCUCCUCUACGUCAAGGAGACCAAAUGCAGACGUGGGGACCGGUUCACGGAGCAUCUGUGCUCUGCACACACCAACCAACCCAAUCCUCUGGCUGCAAUCCGUCCUCUCGCUCACCUGUCAGAGUAAGGCCAAAUGUAAACUGGAGGAACAACACCUGAUAUUUCACCUUGGGAGCUUACAGCCCAAAGGCCUGAUUAUUGACUUUACCAGCUUCAAAAUCCAUCCACCCCAAGCCUUAUCCCAUGUACUGCCUCCAUGACCUGCCCUAACCUGUCUAUCUUCCUACUCCCCUAUCCGUGCCACCCUUCCCAUUGACCAAGCCCUAAAACCCCUUACCCCUGCAUCCCCCAUGUCACCAUCCCACCUAUCUUUCCCUAGCCCCACCCCCUGUCCCUGUAUUUAUUUCUGGGCUCCCCAGUCCUGACGAAGGGUUUCGGCCUGAAAUGUUAACUUUCCUGCUUCUCUGAUGCUGUCUGACCUGCUGUGGUUUCUAGCUUCUGGAGUCCUUACUGUUCCCAGAACAUUACCUGGGUCUUUGGCUUAACCGUCCAGUGAUAAUACCACAAGCCAUUGCCUAGUUUAUUGCAAGCAGAUUGUUUCUAAUGAUGAAUUGUUAACUUGUAUCUGUAAACUUUCUUCCUUUUUUUAAUUAUGCACAUUAGUAGGGCAAACUCUGAAACUUUAGUUUUGGGAAAGUUAGGACCCGGGAGUAAUCUGGUGUUUCAAAUUACAAAGUAUGUGUAUGUGAAAGGCUGUACCUACAUGUGGGCUCUUUCUCUGCUUUUACUGACAGGAUAUGGAAUUUGGAGCCUCCUCAAGCCUGAUACACAAUGUCACUUUUCUAAAUGGUUGUGAAUUCUGCCAGCACCAUCCAGAUUUCCAAGCAAAGGAAAAGGGAGGAACUCUGUUUUUAAACCUGCUCUUAAGGCAGAAGCUGUAAUUCAGUGAAGAAACGGGGCUGAAGGCGUAUGUACAUCCCAUGAGUAGAAAGUUUGCAACUAUUUAGAUCUCCAUCAGAUGGCCUGUACCAUUGCCUUAUCAUAGAAUUAGUUAGCUGGAGGCUGCUGUAAAACAGUUUUGUGAGAGUAUAAUCCUUUAAUUCCAAGAUUAAGUCAACUUUAUGUCCACUACUUUAUGGCAAUUCUCAAGUUUGAUACUUUAUUUGUGUGCUGAACUCAUGAGCAGCAACGUGCAUAAGUGAUGAUAAAUGAUCAAAUCAAUGUGGCAGUCAGUAAUUGGAAAAUAAUUUUGAUCAAUGAUUGUUGUGGAUUUUUACUUGGACAAAAUUCAGCGAUUCCUUUUGUCUCUAUCCGUUUUAAAGUAAGAUGCCUCUACAUUGCUCAACCAAGAGCUGUUUGACAGAAUAACCCCCAUGACAAAGAACUGGAUAUACUCCCAAAGAUCUUAGAAAUGGAUCCAGUUAAUUAACCUCAAAGGUUCUGUAAAACUGCUGAAUAUCACAAAAACCCAACUGGUUCAGAUUUCCUUUCUGGAAGGAAACCAGCAGGUCAUUACGAAAUACGCAUUAUCCUUAUCCUGGAACAAAAGUGGGAAUGUCAAACAUAUUCUGAUCCAUACUUAGCAGAGCAUAAUCAGUCUUGCUCCUAAGGCUGGUGACAAUGUUCUCCUCACUCCCAGUACAGACCAUCCUAAGAAGUUUUCUUUUGGUAAAUGAAGGAAAGUACUUCCCUCUCUUCAUAAUCAUGCAUUCCUUCUAAGGGUGAGUGUUGCUGGCAUGUCACAUAUUGAAUUUCCUCAAACUGAUAGCAAAGAAACAGGCCGUUUGGUCCAACAGAUUUACACUGGUGUUAAUGUUCCAUGCUACCCACCUCCCACUCCUCUUCAUUUAACUCCAUCAUUGGAUCCUUUUUUUCCUUUCAUCCAAUUUUUUUUUAUCCAGCCUUCCUGUAAAUACGUCAUGCUCUUUGUCAUAUUCCCUCCGAGUACUUAUGAUCUUCUAGCCACUCUCCAUGAAGUUGCUCCUGAAUUAGAUUUGUUGAUAAUUUUCUUAUAAUAAGUCCCUAGUUUCGGAGGCUCGUUCAACUAGAAAGCAUCUAAAUGUCCAUGCUGUCAAAGCUCUUCAUAAUUUUAAAAGACCUCCACAGGGGCAGCGCCUCAGAAGUUUCUUUUAAAGAGACUCAACCAAUUCAGCCUGUCCUGCCGCAAUGUGUCAGUUUCAUUAUCCAUGUCACUUCCUGUCUCUCAUUACAAUUGUAAAUGUAACACUGAUUGCUUAGAUACCAAAUGGACACCCAGUCAGCACGUGGAGAGGGUCCUGUCUGUAAUGCUCGCCUUGUAUAUGUCCAUGUUUCAACACAUGGACAAGAACACCUGAAGACCUGUGCCCAUGAACCGAAAACUCAUCAUGGACAAUAAGAAGCAAAACUUCUGGAAAGAAAGCAUCACCAAAGAGGACCUACUGAGGCUAUGUUGGCUGAGGCAUGACCAGCAAGGCCUCAACAAGAUACCAAGAAGAGGAACAGAGCUUAAGAAGGUUCUUGUGCGACCUCACACUAAUCUCUCGGAGCAGAAAUCAACAGAGCAGGAGAAGGAGGCCUCGGUGACAAAAGGUGAAAUGGAAAAGCCAAAAGCUGAAGAGAAAGUUGCAACAGACUCCUUCAGUGAUAUGAGGCCUGUCACCCCUGAGGUGCGUGCACUGCUCUACGAUGGAUUCUCUAAGGAAGAGAAAGGGAGAUACCAAUACCUAAAGGCACGGACAAAGAAAGGCCCCAGUGAAAAAUAUAACCAUGCCAUUACCUCCUCCUGGGAGUAUGGCUGGAAAUUAGGUGAGAGAAUGUCAGCAAGGCAAGGUUAAGGCUUAUAGCUGGGGCAGGGAUUUCAUUGUUACUGCUCAGGACAGGACUGAGAGUUUGGUGGGGGUCAGUAUUGCUGUGAGAGGAGUAAUGGUCAGGCUUGCUGGACAGGGAGUUGGGAUCGCUGUUACUAUGCAGGGGUCAUAAUGUUUAGCCCACUGGCAUGACAAAAGGGAUUGGUACCCAAUCGGAGGUUGACCUUUCACCUUGGUGGACCUUGUGUCAAACACUAUCCAACAACCGAGGUUCACAUCCAGACUCAAAUCCAUUCCAGACACGGAUGGUUUCUUUCUCUGGGAGGUGAAACAGACCGUCAACAGAAAUAACACAGUGUAGAGCUUGUGGAACACAGCACGCUGAGCAGCAUCAGAGGAGCAGGAA